UUGCAAACUUUGGUCACACUUAACAAUACUUCCUGCCGAAAGAAAAUAUAAAUAAGGAAACAAAUUGUUUUUUAGUUAAUUAGAUUUCCAUAAAACCUAAACUAUGAGCGCACCAGCAGCUCCAACGGGCAUCCAAUGCACCGCGGGUGCAGUUCCCGUGCGCAAUGAAAAGGGCGAGAUUUCCAUGCAAAAGGUGAAGGUACAGCGUUAUAUAUCUGGAAAGAGACCUGAUUAUGCAUGCGCCGAUUCCAGCUCAGAUGAAAGUGACGACGAUGACUUCGUAGACAAUCGCAAACGCAUGGAGCGACACAAGGCUGAACGCCAUAAGCUGGAAUUGGAGCGACGUGACAGCGCUGACGAGAAGGCGCUAGAUCAAGAGGAUGAGGCCGAGGUGGAUGAUCCACGUUUGCGACGCUUGCGUGCUCGCCCGGCUGAUAUGGAAGAUUUGGAGCGGGAGCGACGUGAACGCCAUCGACACAUUCACGAACCGGAAAUGGUGGAAAGCGCAAGCGAAGAUGAGGAUGAUGAGGACGCCAACGUGCAGCAACAGCGCAUUGAGCGGGCAACCAAUAAAAUUACAUUGGCAUCCGAAUCCGACACAGACUCCGAGUUGAGCGACACAGAAUUGGAGAAGCGACGCUCCAAAUUGAGAGCACGCAUGUUGCAACAACAACGGGAAGAAGAAGUCCUUCAAAAAGAGGAUGAAAAGCAAUCGGAAUCAUCAGAGUCCGACAGCACCGAGUACGAAGAAGAGACAGAAAGUGAGGAGGAAAACGAGCCACGAUUGAAACCAUUGUUUGUGCGCAAACGUGAUCGUGCCACCAUCCAAGAAAAGGAACGUGAAGCCCAAAAGCAAAAGCAAAUUGAAGCGGAGGCCAAGCGAGCGGCCAAGGAACGAAGACGCGCCACACUGCGCAUGGUGGAGGAGAGCGUGAAGAAGGAUCUGGAAAAGGUGAAGCCAGAGACAAAUGAAGCAUCCAUUGAUGAUGUGUGCACAGCCGAUGAGAAUGACGAAGUCGAGUACGAGGCGUGGAAACUGCGCGAACUCAAGCGAAUGAAACGUGAUCGCGAGGAGCGAGACAACGCGGAUCGUGAAAAGGUGGAAAUUGAACGUAUGCGCAAUCUCACCGAGGAGGAGCGACGCCAGGAGCUGCGUUCAAACCCCAAGCUGGUGACGAACAAGGCGACCAAAGGCAAAUACAAAUUCCUGCAAAAGUACUAUCAUCGUGGUGCCUUCUACUUGGACGAGGAGAACGAUGUGCUGAAGCGAGACUUUGCUCAAGCCACGCUCGAAGAUCACUUCGACAAAACCAUUCUGCCCAAGGUGAUGCAAGUGAAGAACUUUGGUCGCUGUGGUCGCACCAAAUACACGCAUUUGGUAGAUCAAGAUACAACCAAAUUCGAUUCACCUUGGUAUGCCGAAACCUCCAAUAACAUGAAAUUUCAUAAUGAACGUGCUGGCGGCAUGAGGCAGCAAUUUGAUAAGCCAACAGCUUCCAAGCGGAAAAAGAUGGAAUAGAUUUUAAGUAGAAUAACAACAAAAUAUGCAGUAUAUGUGUAAAAGUGAAAAUAUAUUGUGUGUAAAUGCGAAAACAAAUAGUAAAUAU